AUGCAAGUUAACAUUGAUGGUAAACUGGAUUUUGUUAUUGACAACAUAAUUAUUGAUGAAGAUUCUGAGUUUGAAGAAGUUGAAUAUGAUGAUGAAGAUGCAGAUGAAGAUGGUGAAAUUGAUGGAGGUGAAUAUGAUGAUGAAGAUGCGGAUGAAGAUUGUGAAAUUGAUGGUGGUGAAUACGAUGACGCGAGCAGUUCUGGGGAUGUUGGUAGACACAGAUAUUGGAAUAUAGAUAGAAGUGAUGGGAAAGAAAUGUUUGACUUGCAAAAUGAUGACGUUUUGAAGCUACAAUUUGGAAGUUUGGGAAUUGCGUACGAGUUUUAUUGUUGGUUUGCAAAGAUGAACAGUUUUGCGGUCCGUAAAGGUCAAGUUGUUAAAGAAAUGGAGAUGUUGUUCAACAAACAUUUGUGUGUAACCUUAAAGGAUUUAGGCUAG